AUGAGGAACAGCAGGUUCACGUACCACUGGUUUACGGAGAGAAAACCGUUCACUUGGACAGAGGAGGAGGAGGAGGAGGAAGAGGAGGAGGAGGAGGAGGAGGAGGAGGGAGAGGAGGAUGAGGAUGAGGAGGAAGAGGAGGAGGAGGAGGUGGGAGAGGAGGGAGAGGAGGAGGAGGAGGAGGAGGGAGAGGAGGGAGAGGAGGGAGAGGAGGAGGAGGAGGAGGAGAGGAGGGAGAGGAGGAGAGGAGGAGGAGGAGGAGGAGGAGGAGGAGGAGAGGGAGAGGAGGAAGGGAGGAGGAGGAGGAGGUGGGAGAGGAGGGAGAGGAGGAGGAGGAGGAGGAGGGAGAGGAGGGAGAGGAGGAGAGAGGAGGAGGAGGAGGAGGAGAGGAGGGAGAGGAGGAGGAGGAGGAGGAGGGAGAGGAGGGAGAGGAGGGAGAGGAGGGAGAGGAGGAAGAGGAGGAGGAGGAGGAGGGAGAGGAGGGAGAGGAGGAUGAGGAUUGAGGAGGAAGAGAGGAGGAGGAGGAGGGAGAGGAGGGAGAGGAGGAGGAGGAGGGAGAGGAGGAAGAGGAGGAGGAGGAGGAGGGAGAGGAGGAGGGUGUGUUGGUUUGUGGUGCUUCUGCUUCUGCUACUUUUUAAUAUAUAUUAUUAUUACCCUGGAGUUAUCGAGUGA